UGGCGUCAUCACUCCGCGUGUCAAAUCAAGAUGGCUACGUAGUUUGAAAGCACUUUUCACCACCUGUCAAAAGUUCAUUAUUUUGGACGUAUUUUAUUGCGAGUCGGCGUUUCAUUCGCAGCUGGCGACAGUUUACAUUUGUGUGUUAUAAGAAAUUAGCUUGAAAAUGAAGUCUGACGUAGAGGAGUUAAUGCCGAGGCUGCUGCCCGUUGAGUCUGGAGUCAGUGGAGAAGAGCUGGACCUGAACGGACCCCCGAGAAACCCCCGGGAAUACCUCCGGCAGGUCCAGUUGGAGGCGUCACAGUGUCCAGAGGUGGUGGUGGCUCAGAUUGACCCCAAAAAACUGAAGAAGAAACAAACAAUUAACGCCUCUGUUGCGGGGUGCCAUGCUGCACCGGUGGGGUUCUGCCCCAGCCUCAAUUGGCAGCAGCACCAAGUCAGUAACUUCUCAGAUGUCAGACAGAGCAUCACAAAGAACAGGAGUCACUGGAGCAGCCACACUCUGGACGACAACGUUGAGAUGCCGAGUAUAACAGACGAGGAGGGCUGGAAGAGGUUUUGUUUUGGAGAGACGCUCUAUCAGGGCGCUUCAUCCUGCCGUACAGAAGAAGCUGAAGCAGAACCAGCACUGGACUACAGCAAGGUGGGCUUCCCUCCCUUCCUCACUAUAGUCAGCAGGCUGAACCAGUCCACGGUACUGAUGGUGUUAGAAACUCUAGUCGGCUGGUUUGAGGAAAACGACUUUGCUCCACAGUUGGGUCGCUGGCUGUACGCUCUGCUGGCCUGCCUGGAGAAGCCUCUGCUGCCUGAAGCUCACUCCUGCAUCCGACAGCUGGCCAGGAAGUGUGCCCAGCUCCGCAGCGCGCUGGAGAGUCAGGAGGAUGAGAAACUUCCUGCCCUGAACCUGCUCAUCUGUCUUGUCGCCAGGUACUUUGAGCAGAACGACCUGGCAGACCAACCCGAGUGAGGCAGGAUUUAACUCUUGAACUGGAUCAGUGUUGAGGAAAUUGUUGGCAGCACUAAUGGAGGACAGCCAGAUGUACUUUGAAGACGGAGACUGUUGAUCAGUGAAGAUAAUGUAACCAGGACACAACGCAAACGGCCGUGUAGAGAGCUGUGGGGAUUCAGCAUGACGCAAUGAAAGUUGAGUACAGAACCAAGGGAUCAUGAACCCAUCCCCUGUAUAUUUUCAGUUCGCUUGGAUCCCUGCUGAUGCGACUGGGCAGCAACCAAAGCACACGAUGUUACUUUUGUUCAUUAAACUCGUUUGUAUAA